UUAUGAUAACGUUAACAUUUUCUCGUAAGUGUAAACCUGAGAACAGAAACGGAUUCCCUUUCAUAAAAAGAUGGAAAGAUGUGGACUUUGACUGUCAACCCGUCUGAGCAAAGUUUACGUUCCCGCGGGAGAGUUUAUGCUAACGUUAACAAAAUAUUCUCGGUAUAUACCCGUACAUGUCUUACAUGAAUCAGUUUAGAGUUCGAUGCAAAUCGCUAUCAUGUCGGCGGCAAAACGUGUAAAAUUAUCUACGAAAAAGAGUGCACCAAAAGCGAGUGGUAGUUCUUCAACAACGACAGUACCGAAAAAUACAAAAACUGCCGAAAAACCUCUUCCGCAAGAAGCUAUCAUUAAUUUAGUGGACGAGGAUGGUCCAACUGAGAGAAUAACAACAACAACGACUCAUCUAAGAAACAGCGCGUUUAAUACCUUGGAUGAGUUGCUGGAUCAGUUGGAUGGAAACAUCCACCACGUGUACGCUCCCCAAAGAGUGGACAACAACAUAAAAGGCACCGUCAAUAACAUGCAACAUUAUCAAACCACCACCAGCCUACAGCCGGCUCAAACAGCACCGCAAUCGACAAGUUACCAGUUACAAGUGGACAACAACAUAAAAGGUACCAUCAAUAACAUGCAACAUUAUCAAACCACCACCAGCCUACAGCCUGCUCAAACAGCACCGCAAUCGACAAGUUACCAGUUACAUAUUCCAGAGGGGACCGCCCGUGUGCUACAACAUAUUAUAAUACCACCGCCACCACCACCGGCAGAGCCGCAACUACAAGGAGCACAACAACAACAGACGAGUACCGUCGGUCAAUCUCAGCAUGCACAAAAGGACAUGAAGCUUCUGAGGGAGGUGUUCGAACAAAGCUUCUAUGAGACGAUCUCCCAGCCUCCUUCAGAAACUGGAGAAAUAAUUCCACCGAUCCAACUUCCAACAGCCGUCGUUCCCUCAUGGAUUGAACCUGCAACACCCCGUGAAUUGGCGAAGGCGUCGCUUGCAUGGUUGCAACAGAAGGCUCCUGAAUACAUGCAGCGGUACGAAGACGCGCAAAAGGCAACGAGGAGGCUGGAAGAGGAGCUCGAUGCAGCGCGCCUCACCGAACGACGGCUGGGCGAAGAAAUGACUUAUAUGAACAAAUUUAUUAAUUUUUUGAAAUAACAAAUUGUAAAUAAUAAAUGUAGU